AUGUCGGAACUGCCACUAUAUACACCACCUGUUGAUAAUGUGCCUCUUCAAGAUAAUAAGAAUAGGCUAAUCCCGACAAAUGAUGAAGAAUUUAUGUCUGUUUAUCUACCUUCUAGAGUAUUUAAUUCGAAAUUCAGAUUCUUUUGGUAUCAUUAUUGGGAUUCCGGCAUAAAUAAAUUGAUAUCUGUAUGUUUUAUUGUGUUUUUUGUAACGUGUUUUAUUGUAUCACCCAGGGCAUCAGUAAUAUUACCAACAGUAUUGCUCUCAAGUUUUAUGGUGGCUAUUAUUUCUCUUACUUUCUCAAAUACUUUUGGAGUCCAUGAAAGAUUACAUAAAUUAGAUUUCAAUGCCAAAAGGGCGUUUUUAACAGAAGUAAUUAAUGAGGCCCCAGAUUAUAGAAUCAAAAGAUGGCAUAUAAUUGCAGCUAGGAUGAAUAAAUUCUUAAAAGAUGAAGAAAUUUCGCCAAAUUAUUAUACUUUAUAUGAUGGUAAGGAUUGUUUAGACGUUUAUAAUUACCUUAUUUCAUCUUUAAAACCCUCCUCUUUCAAAAUUGCCAUUCAACAAUUAUUCCGUUCUUCAAAUACCAUAACCAAUUCUGGUGCUAGUUCGUCAGCUAGAAAUGUAGAUGAAAUCACGUCUGACAUCUUAAAAGAUUUAGCAAUGAGGGCACAAAAUGUGAUACGUGCAUCCAUUGAAAAUGUAGAAGUGUAA